AUGUUGAUGGUGAUGGUGGUGGUGAUGAUGUUGAUGGUGGCCAUGUUGAUGGUGGCCAUGGUGAUGGUGGUGGUGAUGAUGAUGGUGGCCAUGGUGAUGGUGGCCAUGGUGAUGCUCUGGCCUUCUCCCGGCCGGGUGACGUCUCCGGCCUCACAGACGGGUGUGGCCAUCUGGGGAAGCGUCACGAACAACGGUUCCCUGGGUUGGUGCCAGAGUCACAAGCAGUGUUCCAAGUGCCUGGAGCCGUGCAAGGACUUCUGGGACCUUCACAAGUUGCAGUGUCCGAGCCUCUGUGAGACGCUGUCCCCCAAGAAGAACUACGAGUGCCUGACCAGCUGCGAGUUCCUCAAGUACAUCCUGUCGGUGAAGCAGGGGGGCUGCCCGGCGCCCAACAGGGCCAGCGGCUUCGCGGCCGCCUGCGUGGAGAGCUGCGAGGUGGACGGCGAGUGCUCGGGCGUGAAGAAGUGCUGCCCCAACGGCUGUGGGCACACCUGCCAGGUGCCCAAGACGCUCUACAAAGGCGUGCCCCUGAAGCCCAAGAAGGAGCUUCGCUUCACCGAGCCGCAGCCCGGACACCUGGACAUCAGAUGGUCCUCGAAAUUCAACGUCUCCAUCGACCCGGUCAUCUACGUCCUGCAGAGCAGAUGCAACUACGGAAUCCACCCCAGCGAGGAUGACGCCGGCCCCUGGCACACGGUGGCCCAGGCCCAGACGUCCGUGGUCCUGGAGCGGCUGCUGGCGGGCAGCGAGUACAGGGUGGAGGUGCAGGCCGUGGCCUUCUGGGGCCAGACGCGGCUGAAGAGCGCCAAGGCCUCGCUGCACUUCACGGCCACGGCGGCCACCAACAAAGAGAAAGCCGGGAAGACCAGGAAAGCCGUGGGCGUGCCGCUCCCGCCGAGGAGACCCGCCAGCCCCCUGGAAAUCGGGGCCCCCUUCUACGAGGACGACCAGCUGCAGGUGAAGGUGUACUGGAAGAAGACGGAAGGUGAGCGUGUGCCCGGCGCAGCCAACGGCAGCAGAGAAAACCAUUUAAUUCUUCGGGACCUGUUGUUCUCCUGCAAAUACAAGGUGACCGUCCACCCGGGGCGGCCGGACGGCCGCCGGAAGCCCGAGACGGUUUUCUUCACGACGCCGCCCUGCCCGGCUCUCAGGGGCAGAGGCCAGGGGCAGCUGCCGUGCCCGGGAGGCGCGGACGCCACCCCUGCGGAGCUUCCCGCCAAGCCCGAGAACCUGUCGGCCUCCUUCGUCGUGCGGGACGCCAACAUCACCGCCCACUUCUCCUGGAAGACCUCCAAGGUCAACCUUUACCGGCCGCUGACCGGCGUGCAGGUGACCUGGGCCGAGGUGACCACGGACAGCCGGCAGAACAGCCUGCCCAACAGCGACCCCACCUCAAGCACCAGCACCCACAUCACUACCAGCCUGCUCCGGACAGAUACUGACCGGCCGUGGCCUCCGCCACGCGUGAGCGUCUCCGAGGACCACGCCCGCCCGGCAGCUCGGCAGGGCCCCUGGGAAGUGACCGCAGCCUCGGUCCACUCGGAGCGUCCAGCGGCCUUAGGCCCGUGCGUUCCAAAGACGGUGCCCGGGGUUUUCGCCGCUGCCCGGUGCAAAGCUCUGCCCGGGACAGAGCUGGUUCCCCACCCCGGCGAUGUCGCCGCCUCCCCGUCCUGCCUUUCGGAGUGA